CGUUGCUAGGGAAGCUGCGGGCGCGGGGUUUGUGCGUCAUUUCCGGGCGGAGUGGUAACGUGUCCUUACCGGCGGGGCUGGAGCAGCAGAGCAGUCACAUCACCGGACAUGGCGGAGCUGGAGCCCGCGGCCCUACAGAACGAGACCGAGGCGGCCAAUGGCACCGGCAAGCUGGGGAGCUCCCCUGAGGGGGCCGCUCUGGCCUACGGCAGCCUGCUCGCUAUGGCCCUGCUCCCCAUCUUCUUCGGAGCCCUGAGGAGCGUCAGCUGUGCCCGGGGCAAGAAUUCCUCCGAUAUGCCCGAGACCAUAACAAGCAGAGACGCCGCCCGCUUUCCUAUCAUCGCCAGCUGCACCCUCUUUGGCCUUUAUAUAUUCUUUAAGAUAUUCUCCCAGGAAUAUAUUAACCUCCUGCUCUCCAUGUACUUCUUUAUUCUCGGGGUGUUGGCUCUGGCACAUACAAUCAGCCCAGCAAUGAACAGAUUGUUGCCAGAAAACUUCCCCAGCAGGCAGUACCAGUUGCUGUUCACACAGGGCUCCGGGGAGAGCAAGGAGGAGAUUUUGAAUUACGAGUUUGACACCCGCGACCUUGUUUGUUUGGUUAUUAGUGGUGUGGUCGGCGUCUGGUACCUGUUAAAGAAGCACUGGAUCGCUAAUAACCUCUUUGGCUUAGCGUUUGCCCUAAACGGGGUGGAGCUGCUCCAUCUGAACAAUGUCAGUACCGGCUGCAUCCUGCUGGGGGGCCUCUUUGUCUAUGACAUAUUCUGGGUUUUUGGGACAAACGUCAUGGUAACUGUUGCCAAAUCAUUUGAGGCUCCAAUAAAAUUGGUUUUUCCUCAGGACUUGCUGGAGAAGGGACUCGAGGCCAAUAACUUCGCCAUGUUGGGGCUCGGAGACAUAGUCAUUCCAGGCAUAUUCAUUGCAUUGCUGCUCCGCUUCGACAUAAGCCUAAAGAAGAAUUCGCACACUUAUUUCUACACAAGUUUCGUGGCGUAUGUGUUUGGUCUGGCUCUGACUAUCUUUGUUAUGCACACCUUCAAGCAUGCCCAGCCGGCGCUGCUCUAUCUGGUCCCAGCAUGCAUUGGGUUCCCUUUGCUUGUGGCAUUGGUGAAAGGAGAAGUGACGGAGAUGUUUAGCUAUGAGUCCUCUGCGGAGCUCCUUCCACACACCCCUCGCCUCUCUCACUUUCCGGUGGUUUCUGGAUCUCCAGCUAGCCUAGCAGAAUCAAUGCAACAGAAACCUUGCUCUCCUCGCCGUAGGCGGCAGCUGAACCCCAGCUCCAUGUGACUGGCGUCCAUUUCCUCUGCAGUUGGACAGGUACGAGGAGCAGCCAAAGGAUGGAGGGAACGAGGAAGAGCAGGAGAAGAAAGAGAACUGAGCUCCGGCCUGGAUCGAGACUCAGAGGGGGAGGACUGAGAUCUGUUGGUCAGAAUGAGAUCUGCCCCCGAUACCCCCCCCCCGCAAUGUAUAUUUGUGUGUGUAAGCAGCUUGCACCCCUCCUGCCCCUCGCUCUGGGUGCGCUUGUCACUGUAUUUUUAUAUUUUGUAUGGUGGAUUUGCUUUCUAUGGUAUUAAAUCGUCAGUGAAGAUUCCUUCAUGCUGCAGCCUGCAAUGGCAGACCAAGCUGUGUAAAGGAGGGCCACUAAGGGCCAGGACCAUAUUAGAGGUUCUGGAAGGACAGGAAUAGUGUGGUGUGUAGAGCUGUGGGUAAUUGGGUUUGGGGUGAUGCAGGGAGGGGAAUUCGUCUUUCUAGCAGGUGGGGGCGGGCAUAGGGCUGCCAGGGUGGGCAUACGGCUGGGCUCACACACCCAGAUCCUCAGGGAAUGAGCCUCUUUAUUGCAGCUUCAAGCCUUCACGGUAGGGGCACUUGGGCAGAUACAGGGUCUGGCCGCACAUAGCAUGACAUAGUAAUAAACAAAAUGCUUCAAUUUCUCUACCAUUUGCCCCAAAGUUAUGUUGGUAAAGGGCAAGUAAAGAAUAAUU